AUGACCGAGCGACGACUACACGACAUGGCACCAUCAUCCUCUGCGGGGCCAGGUGAUGAUAUGCACUGGGAACGCAACUUCAUACACCAAAUUAAAACCUUAAAGUCCGGGUCCAAAGACCAAUUGGAUUCGCUGACGGAUUUAGCAAUCAACGACGCUUCCAAAAGAUACAAAUCAAUCGUCAACAUCGUUUCAAAAUACUCGCAAACGAUGAAACCGAAAUACAGGCCAUCCAUGAUGUACGUGAUUAGCUCGCUGGUUAUGCACGAGAAUGAAAAAAUUGCGAGCUUAUACCGACAGAGAUUUGCGAUUGAGAUUUCAGUGUUGGUGGAAAAGAUAUGCGAGUGUCGGACGGAGCAGUUGGAGAGGGUGCGAAGGAACAUCGAGCGAUGGCGAGAGAAGGAGUGCUUCGAGAGCUUGGUUUUGGACGAGUGCGAAUAUCACGUGCAGAAAUUUGAGGAGGCUGGAAAGGAGGCAGAGGAAGAGGAGAGGAGGAAGGAAGAGGACGGGUUGUUGGGGAUGGAAAGGAUCGAGACGCCGCCGCCGCCAGAGGAAGAGGAAGAGAAGAAGGUAGAAGAAGAGGGGGAGAAGCCAACGACGAUAUCGACCGUGAAUAAGUGGCCAAAGUUGAUGCCGGCAUGGGGAAAGAACGUAAAACGGCAGCAGAAGCAACAACAACAACAACAACAACAACAACAACAGAAGAAACAGAAUAAGAAACGGAAUAGAGAGAAGUUUACGAACGGUAGUUUGAGGCAACAGCAACAGAACAUGCAGCCGAUGAAUCAGCAACAGAAGCAACAAUCGCAGCACGGGCAAGGUAAGCCAACCAAGAAGCAAAAGAGAAGAAUGCAAAAGAAGAAACAGGGGGAUAAGAACGAUAGUAACAAAGAGCAGCGGCAGCAGGAAAAAGGAGGAGGAGGAGGAGGAGGAGAAAAAGGCGAUCAGAAAAAAUCAGUCAUCGAUAGGCUCACGUGA